UUUACUACAUGUAUGUUUGUGUGUUUUCACAGGUAUUCCUCUGGUCAUAGUUGGUCUGGUGCUGGCUAUAGAUAAAGACGCUUACGGCAACAUUGCAGCUGAACAGGCUGCAAGCAUGCAUCAGUCCACUGACCCAUUCUGCUGGCUGCAGGAUGACGUCUUCUUCUAUGUGACGGUGGUGGCAUUUGUUCUCCUGAUCAUGUUGUGUAACUUCUCCGUGUUCAUCGUGGUUCUGAUUCAGAUCAGACAGAUGAGAGCCAAUAAGCCCUCAGCAAACAGCGUCGGCUCGCUGCAUGAUCUGAGGGCUGUGGCCAGUCUCACCGUCCUCCUGGGCCUGACAUGGUCAAUGGGUUUCUUCUCCUUUGGGCCAGGUCGAGUGCUCAUUAUGUACCUGUUCUCCAUCCUCAACACUCUGCAGGGCUUCUUUAUUUUCUUGUUCCACUGUGUGAUGAAGGAGAAUGUGAGGAAACAGUGGAGAAUCCACUUGUGCUGCGGACGCUUCAGGCUCAGUGAUAACUCAGACUGGAGCCACUCUGUGACAGCGGGGGGUCGCUGCAACAAGAACAAUCUUAUCAACUCGGUUGCUUCAGAUAACACCUCCAGCAUCAGGAAGGUCUCGGACUCCUCUACAGGCUCAGCACCACAGCACCACCAGGGGGCGUGA